GCAAUUGACAAAUGAGAAGGAAUCUCCAUCGCCAUCAUCUAACCCGAGCGCACGAUAUCGACCGUUGCUUGUAGCACGGCAUCCGGACAGUGGUGCUGCGACCCCGCGGUACCGAUUUCAGCCAUUACAUCAUGGGUCGCGAGCACGAAGAAGAUGGGGCCAAGACAAGGCUCAAGCACAUAACAUUCGACCAGGCGAGCCUGGAUGGGAGCGACGAGGACGAUGGAGCUGUCGAGGUCACUUUCGACGCCGGAAGCCCAUACCGGAGGAAAAGCUCGAUGGUUUCGUCGGAAGCUCCUGCACCUGCGACGAAGCGCAUGCAGCCGGGCCGACGAGCCGAGUGCGUGGUUCAUCAAUUGAUCGAGGAGCAACGAAAGUCCAAGGAACGAUCUGCUGGCAACUCCCCCAGCCGCGACCAGUAUCAUGCGCAUCCGAUAUACUCGCAGUCACAUAGAGACGACGACGCUGUCGAUAUCAGCAGUGAGAAGAACAUGGACAGAAUAGUCGAUUCAAAGUGCCCUGUCGACAAGCAAAAGUGCCGUGCGGUCCUGGACACAAGUUGCUUGGAUGCCGAAAACGAAAUAGGACAGGUGGACCAGGAGGCGUGGACGAAGGAAAUGACAAAGUCGGAUUCCGAGGCGGAACCUCAACAGCAAAAUGACCCUGUUCAUAGUCGAAUGUUGACGAAGAAGCAGCUGAGUGAUAUGGCUUGGGGGGUUCGCGAGCUGAGCAGGCGGCUGAGCAGCAUGCGCAUCCGCUUCCGAGUGAGGACCAUCUUUCUUCUGACAAAGAUUCACGACUCGGACUUGAUUGUCAACACGAGGGCCCUGGCGCAGUGGUUGCUCGGCAAAGAGCGAGAUGUCAAAUACAUUGUGUAUGUAGAGAGACAGCUCAAGACCAACAAGAGGUUUGACGCGGCAAAGCUGAUUGACGAGGUGGCUCACGAAUAUGCCAAGGACGGUAGCGUGACAGAGGACGCCGCUCGCGAAGGCGUCCAGAGGCGCCUCCGGUACUGGGACGAGUCCAUGUGCAGAACGCGACCCCAUUCGUUUGACUUUGUCAUUACCCUCGGAGGAGACGGAACGGUUCUGUUCGCGAGCUGGCUCUUCCAGAGGAUCGUGCCGCCGGUGCUGAGCUUUUCGCUGGGCAGUCUCGGAUUCCUGACCAAGUUUGAAUUUGAAGACUACAAGCCAAUCCUCAACUCUGCCUUUUCAAAGGGCGUGACGGUCAGCCUAAGGCUUCGGUUCGAGUGCACGAUCAUGAGGAGCGUGCGUAAGAGGCUCUCGGAGUCGGAGUCUGACGAGGAUGAUGACGAGUUGCACUACCGGCGGGAUCUGGUGGAAGAGCUGAUUGGCGAGGAGAAUGAGGAUGAGCAUACGCAUAAACCAGAGGGGACGUUUGAGAUUUUGAAUGAGCUGGUGGUUGACCGAGGUCCGAAUCCAACCAUGUCUUUUACGGAAAUCUUUGGAGAUGACGAGCACUUCACUUCGGUGCUUGCAGAUGGUAUUUGCGUAUCUACACCAACAGGUUCGACGGCUUAUAACCUCGCCGCCGGGGGCUCCCUAUGCCACCCCGAGAAUCCCGUCAUGCUCGUCACUUCCAUCUGCGCCCAUACACUGUCGUUUAGGCCAAUCAUCUUGCCUGACACGAUUGUGCUGCGUGUCGGCGUGCCCUACAACGCGAGGACGGCCUCGUGGGCCAGCUUUGAUGGACGCGAGCGAGUGGAACUGAACCCCGGCGACUACGUGACGGUCAGCGCGAGCAGAUAUCCCUUUGCGUCGGUCCAGGCAGAAGGGCGGAGGAGCGAAGAUUGGAUCAAUAGCAUCAGUGCCAAGCUGGGAUGGAACACGAGGCAGAAGCAGAAGGGAUUCAAGGAGUGGGAUAAAUGA